AUGCUAAAAGAAAAAAAGCAAAUAAAAACUAAAAAAUUAGUAUGUACUAGAACGAAUCCGAUCCCAUGGGUAGACGGUAACCAAGUAUUUAAAUCUAUUAAAAAGGCUUCUGGUCCAUCCACGAUGCUAUCUAUUAAUUUUACUUCUGAUGGUGGUCCGGCUUAUAUUAACUAUAAUAUUGUGAAUUUACAUGGUGAAACUUGGGCUCAGGUUGGAAAUUGGAGCAACCAUCAUAGCUUAAGUCUAGAUCACGAUCGAACCUAUUUUCUCGAGGGAGUUAACCGUAUAAGUGACUCUGGCUCCUUCAUCAGUGGCAAAAAUCUCACUGCAACAAUCAUUUUGAGCGCUCCAUUCAUAAUGAUAGAUAAUGAUUAUGCUAUUACUGGUAAAAAGUAUAAAGGAUAUAUCAUCGAUUUAAUGGAUGAAAUUAGUAGAAAUUUAAAUUUUUCGUAUAACGUGAGAGUAGUUGCGGACGGUUUUUAUGGUACUGAAAUCAGUGUUAAUGGUACCUUCACAUGGUCAGGAAUUAUUGGCGAAAUACUUAAUGGGGUGAAUAUCAGAGUUUAUGUUAACAUUUACAUGAUAUUUGAUAAUGUACGACAAACCGAUAUUGGUGCUGCACCAUUGUCUAUUACUCCUGAACGCCAGCAAAUUAUAGAUUUUACUAUGCCCUUCCUUGAUGAAGCUUUAACCAUUUUAACAGCAACCAAAGCAACUCAACCAGCUUCUUUAUUUCAGGCAUUCUCUCCUCUUAAAACUGAAGUUUGGAUCGGUAUUUUGAUAUCAAUGAUUAUCGUAGCAGCAGUGAUUACCUGUAUGAAUCGCUGGAGUCCUUUUGAUUAUUAUGGUAGAGCUAUAUACAGAUUGAGAGCCUCAAACAAAAGUAAACACAUGGAAAAUGGAUUACAGAACAGUUAUAAAUAUUGGCAAAUAGAGAAAGAAUCAGAAUCAGAAGUAUUUUCAUUUAGUAAUAAUUUAUGGUAUGCAUUGGCUUCAAUUUUAUUACAAGGACCUGAUAGGACCCCAAGAUCGAUAUCUGCGCGUUUAAUUACUGCAAUUUGGUGGUUUGCUUCCGUCAUCAUUACAGCAACUUAUACUGCAAAUUUAACUGCAUUCUUAACAAUUAACAGUUUACAUACUACCUUCAGUUCCUUACAGGAUCUAGCUAGAAAUCCAGACUUGAAUUACGGUGUUCUAGCUAAUAGCAGCUAUGAAUCUUUCUUCUCAAAAACUACAAUAUCGCCCUAUCAAGAAAUGAAAAAAAAUCUAAAAAAUGUGAUUACUACUGAGGAUGGCAUUCAACGUGUACUGACCAGUAAAAAUGAGCAGUAUGCUUUCAUUGGAGGUGCUACAAUGCUUAGCUAUGCCCAAAACAGAUUAAGUCUAGCAGUGCCAAAAGGAUCACCUUAUUGGGAAGAAAUUAAUAUGCAGAUAUUGAAACUAAACGAGUUAGGAUAUCUAGAUAAGCUGAAAGCAAAAUGGAUUGAUGGAAAAUGUAAGAAUAAUGCGCAAGCUUCAAGCCAUGAUCCUAUAAAAUUUGAGAAUCUUGCAGGGGUAUUUUACAUGCUGCUAGCUGCAAUUGGAUUCAGCUUUGCUAUACUAUUUAUAGAAUGGAUUGUAGCUGCAAUUAAAGAUACACGAAGUACUAGCACGAGAGUGAUGUCAUUUGAGAGGGCCAUGAAACAGCGGCUUCGAUAUGUUUUGGAUGACUUAUUGUCAGAUCUAUCUUACAGGACUAAAGUAGAUGAAUUAAAUUCCAAAGAUCUUUACCAGAUAGGUAGCAGAAAGGGCUCAACUAUGAUUUAA